UAUAAUUAAACCCCCUUGUGCUUGGAACUUGGAAGCUGGUAGUGGUAGCCCCAACGUUCACUUGCUAUUUCUCUAUGUUACUUCCAAGCCAAGUAAGCCCCCAAUAAUUCAAAAACCUAAAAAAGUAUUUCAUAUUUAUAGAAAGCGAAAGUACCCAAUAUCCAAAAACCCUAAUUCACAGCUUCCAUAGUCGCCGGAUAAUGGCGCCGGCGGCAGUGGAAAUGCGGUCUCCAAUCGCCUCCGCACAGCCGACACCCUCCUCCUCGGCUUCCCAGAAUCCGAGUUCCAAUUAUCCGUUCACUUUCGGUGCGAUUCCUUCGAGCGAUUACGCGGAGGAUCAGGGAAGUUCCAACUCUUCGAGCUUUGAUGCCGCAACAAAGUGCGAUCGCGGUUCUGGUUUUGCUGCAAAUGUGGCUCGGACGGGCUCUAGGGCGCGGCCGAGGCUGGUGAAGAUGAGGAGGCAGCUGGGGAGUCCGCAGGCGAGGGCGAGGUCGAGGUCGCCGGCGAACGAGGUCGUUUCGGGUUCCAAUCCGUUCGGGUCGGAUUCGGCUCGAGUGGGCGAUGGGGCUAGCACGUUAAAUUGGGUUUCGGAGAGUUCCAAUGGGGUAAGUAAUGGUAGUAGUGCUUGUAAGGGUUUUAGCUUUUCGAUUGGUGAUGCUCAGUCUGUGAAAUUUGAGAGCGUGGGUUUUGUGUUUGGUGCUAAUCGAAGUGCUUUCGAUGCAAAUUUGGGGUCUGUGGUGGGAGGGACUGGUGAAAGUGCGGUAAAUUCGAGUAGUGGAGAUGGGGGGAAGGUGAAAGUUGAGAGUGGAAGAGAGUCUGGGAAGAUUGAGAAUUUGGGUUUUGUGUUUGAUGCCAAGCAGAGUAGUUUUGCAUCGAAUUCGUUUGAGGAAAAGAGACUUUCCGGUGAAAAUGCGGGAAAAUCGGUGGUUGGUGAUGAGGGGAAUGUGGAAGCAGAGUCUGAAUUAGAGUAUGGGAAGUUUGACGAUCUUGGUUUUAUGUUUGGUGCUGGUCAGAGUAAUAUGGCUUCAAAUUCGAACACAGUAAAGAGAGAAUAUGGUGAACGGGUAGAUAAAUUGGGUUCUGAGGAUGCUGGGAAAAUGAAAUUGGAGACUGAAACUGAGUUUGGGAAGCAUGAUAAUGUUGGUUAUGUGUUUGGUGUUACUCAGAGUGAUCUGCCAUCAAAUUUGAAUUUGGGAAAGGGAGGUUCUGGUGGGAAUUCGGAAAAGCCGGAUUAUGAUGGGGAUAAAAUGAAUACGGAGACUGAAACAGUGACUGUGAAACGUGCUGAUCAGAGUGAAUUGGGGUCGACUUCAAUCUCUGGAAAGAGAGAAUGUAGUAGAAAUGCGAGUGUAAUGGACAGUGAAAAUGGUGGCAUGUUGAAAGCUGAAAAUGAAGCUGAGUUCGGGAAGCGUGUUGAUAUGGGUUUUGUUUUUGGCGGUAGUUGGUUUAAUUCCGUGUCAAAGAACUUGGAAAAGAGGGAAUCUGCUCAAAUUUUGGGAAAAUUGGGUACUGAGGACGGGGUUAAGGUGAAAGUGGAAAGUGGAGCAGAGUCCGGCAAAGUGAAAGAUACUGUUGUUAACUUCGAUAGCGAUGGUGAUAGGAGCUCGAAUAAUAAUUGUGAGAAGGAAGUUUUUGUAUUUGGAAGUGGCAGUAAGAAAGAAUCCAGUUUCAAUGAAUGCAUGGCAGCUAAGUGCCCAAGUGAAAUCGAGUUGAAUGGUAAAUUUUUUGGAAAUUGCAAAAACAUUGAAGCUCAGGUCGGUGAUUUGGGUUCUGAUGUUGAAGGCAAGGGAAAAUCUGUAUUUGGAAGUACUAGUAACGUGGCACGCUUCUGUAGCACAAGUCCCUUAUUUGAACUUCCAGAUGAAAUGAGGAAAAUGAAAAUUGAUGAUUCUGAGAAUGUUGAUGGUACUCACAAGACUAAAAAUUUAGGUCAGAACUCAUGUGCCAAUCAUGGGGCUGCUUCCAUGUUUGAAAGAAGGGAAAAGGCUUCUGGCUCAUUUAACAAAAGUUCAGCAACUGGUGCUUCUAUUGGAAUUUCUAGUUCCAAAGAGUUUGCAUUUCAGGCAGGUCUCAUUAAGGAUUUUGAUAUGGGCCAAUUUCCUCAAGGUCAAAUAAAUGAUGAUACACAAUGGAAUGCAUCUGCUGCACCAUCUUCAUUUUCAUCAAUUGAUCUUGACUGCCAACCAAAUGGUAGUGUUUCUGAAAUACCUUUCGUAGGUGGACUUGAAAAUAAGGAUGGGAAUUGUUUUGCAAGCAUUCCAGAUGGAUCAGGGGCGUCCUUUACAGCCUUCAGCCAACCAAAAUGGGAUCCUUCUUGCUUUGAAGGAAAUCUGUUUCCUGAAGUAAACAAAAAAGUGGAAUUCGUAGGGAAGGGUCGGUCUAUCAAGGAUAAAAGAUCAAAGAAAAUGAGGGGAAAAUUAAAGCCACCAUCCUUAAGUAAGCAAAAGCUGGGGCAAGAUCAUGUGCUAAAGGAAUCCAGUUCCCAAGAAAACCCUGACUCAGCCGGAUGCUACUCACCCAUGGAUUUUUCUCCAUAUCAGGAAACUGGUGCAACUAAUCCAUAUACAAGGGAAGCUUCCUUGACUCCAGAAGAGUUCUCCUACAUAGAUACUGAUUUUGCACCUUCUGCCCUGCAUUCAACAGUUCCAAAUGACGCCAAAGAUGAAGAUUUGGCUGCUGCAGAAGGAUUAGAUAUCAAUAGAAGUGGUCACAAAUCUAGGGAGCAGAACGAGGAGAACCUUUGUUAUCACGAUGGAAGGUCUUUUUCUGGAGCUGAAACAACCUGCUCUAGUUCUAAAACUGAGAAAUUCUGCUGCAGCGGUGGUGCUGGUGUUACAUCAACAGAAGUUAGAAGUGAUUUUACUUCAAACAUGGAGAGACAAGAAAAUAAUGGUGGAACACAGUUUCAUUUUGUUUCUAUGAAGGAGAAAUUAUUUACAUUUUCUUCAUCAUCCUCUCCACAAGGUAGUUUAUCAGCAACCACCAAGCGUCAACAUAGAAAGAAAAGUAGGGGUAAAGUUGGCCGGCACUCAUCUGUUAUCACUCCUAGUACAGAUGUUAACACUCAGGCAUCUUCGGUCCAAUUGUCACCAACGACUAGCACUUCUUCACAGUUUGAUACAGUGGAUAAAUCUGAAGCACAUGAACAGUUCAAGCAAGGACAUGUCACUUUCUCUGAUGCCAUUCAAGAAAUCUGUGAGAAGUUUCGACUCAGGGGAAACCAGGCUUAUAAAAAUCGGGAGCUGUCUAAAGCAGAGGAUUUAUACACACAGGGAAUAAUUUCUGUCCCAUCUAGAGAAAGAUUGGGAUGCUGCCUUAAACCACUUUUGCUCUGCUAUAGCAAUCGUGCAACUACACGAAUGCGUCUUGAAAGAAUAAGGGAAGCUUUAGGGGACUGUGUGAUGGCUACCGCACUAGAUCCCAACUUUCUCAAAGUACAAAUGAGAGCUGCAAAUUGUCACCUUAUGCUUGGAGAAGUGGAAGAUGCACUACAGUGUUUUAAUAAGUGCUUGGAAUCAGGCCCUGGUGUUUGCUUGGAUCGGAAAUUCAUAAUAGAGGCUGCUGAUGGUCUUCAAAAGGCUCAGAAAGUGGCCGAGCAUACAAAUCGUUCUGCCAAACUUUUGGAACAGAGAACUUCUGAUGCUGCUCUUAGUGCCUUAGAAAUAAUUGCUGAGGCCUUGUCAAUCAGUUUAUACUCAGAAAAAUUACUUGAAAUGAAAGUGGAGGCUCUGUUUAUGUUGCGGAAGUAUGAAGAGGCAAUUCAGCUGUGUGAGCAGAGUCUUCCUUUUGCUGAAAAGAAUUUUGCUUCACCGAGCACUGUAGAUGUGGAUGGUUCUGGGUGUGAGAGUUACUCUGUGGUUAGACUGUGGAGGUGGUACCUGAUAUCCAAGUGCUACUUUCACUUGGGAAGACUUGAGGCCGCUCUUGAUUUACUUCAGAAGCUAGAACAAGUGGGAUCUAUUAAAGACAAGUAUGGAAUUAAGAAUUUGGAGUCGUCAAUAUCAUUAGCUGUCACUAUACGUGAACUUUUACUCUGCAAGAAUGCCGGGAAUGAAGCAUUUCGAUCCAGGAAGUAUACUGAGGCAGUAGAGCACUAUACCAUUGCUUUAUCUAGCAAUGUUGAAUCACGUCCUUUUGCUGCAAUCUGUCUCUGCAAUCGUGCUGCAGCACACCAAGCUUUGGGCCAAACUUCUGAUGCUAUUGCAGAUUGCAGUCUUGCCAUAGCGCUUGAUGGAAAUUAUGCUAAGGCUGUUUCUAGAAGAGCCACCCUACAUGAGAUGAUCCGAGAUUACAGACAAGCAGCUAGUGACCUCCAGCGACUACUAUCCAUUCUUCAAGAUCAAUCUAGUGAGAAAGCCAAACAGUCUGGCACACCAGGUAGCAGCAUAAGAGAAUUAAGGCAAGCUCAACGGCGUCUGCCUUUGAUGGAAGAAGAAGCUAAAAAGGAUAUUCCCUUGGAUUUCUAUCUGAUUUUGGGAAUUAAACCGUCUGACUCAGCAUCUGAUAUCAAGAAGGCAUACCGAAAGGCAGCUCUCAAACAUCAUCCAGACAAGGCUGGCCAGUUCCUGGCAAGAAGUGAAAGUGGAGAUGAGGGGCAACUCUGGAAGGAAAUCUCCCAGGAGGUUAACAAGGAUGCUGAUAGGCUUUUUAAAAUGAUUGGAGAGGCAUAUGCAGUACUUUCAGACCCCACUAAGCGCUCAGAAUAUGAUCUUGAAGAGGAUAUGAGGAAAGCCCCAAAGGAAAGCCACAGAAGCAGCAACUAUAGAAGAACUUCAGAUUUUCACAGCUCCCCAUUUCAAAGAAGCAGCAACAGACGAAACUGGCAGGAGAAUUGGAAGACAUAUGGAAAUUCAAAUUUUCGAUGGUGAGAAUGAACUGCAAGAGGCAUAUUUUUCAACUGACUGGGUCAUGGCAGCUUACAGCUGGCCCAAGUUACACAAAGGAUCUAUGGAAAUGACUGGCUACUGAUCUAGUCAGUUUUGCACUUUAGGAUUCUAUAUAAUCUAAAGAGUCGCAAGGAAUAAUCAGAAAGCACAGGGAGUUUUGGUCCCGAUAUGCUGGCGACAUUCAUACAUGUAAUUUACUACUUUGAAAAGGAAAAUGCCUUGACACUUCAUCAAUGCCCUUCAACCAGUGCUAAUUAUGGAGGAAGUUGGAGCUAUGUGGUAUUUCAUCAAUUUUGACAGAGAAACAGGAGUCCAUAUGAAAUUGUAAUCUUUUGUGUCGUACUUACAAAUGUUACAGAUGCUUAUUUAUAGAAGAAGAUGCAUGCUUAGUUGUUGUAA